AAGACAUCUGUGCCAUAUCACAAUUAGCAGAGAUUAGCACGUGAUAGAAAAAAAUAAAAGCAGGAACCCAAGACGUUCAUCAUCACCUCCUCGAGAGACCACCAGAAGUAGCCUACUGUUUAAAGUUCGUGAACAGACCAUGAUGUUUGGGAGCUUGCUGUUUGCCGUGUGUUGUAGCGCAGCACUGGCCCAUUUCAACACAAAUCUAGACCAGCACUGGGAGUUGUGGAAGAAGACCCAUAACAAGUUUUACUCUACUAAGUUUGAAGAACUGGGCAGGAGGGAGUUAUGGGAGAGAAACCUUGAACUUAUCACCCUUCACAACCUGGAAGCCUCCAUGGGCCUGCAUUCAUAUGACCUGGGCAUGAACCACAUGGGUGACAUGACACCAGAGGAGAUUCUGCAAUCAUUCGCCAUGACUCGUGUCCCUCCUAACUAUAAGAGGCAAACGGUGAAUUUUGUGGGCUCUUCUGGGUCUCCUGUUCCAGACUCUCUGGACUGGAGAGAGAAGGGAUAUGUCUCCAGUGUGAAGAUGCAGGGUGCGUGUGGUUCAUGUUGGGCGUUCAGCUCUGUUGGGGCUCUUGAAGGUCAGCUGAUGAAGGCCACAGGAAAGCUGGUUGACCUCAGUCCACAGAAUCUGGUGGAUUGUUCUUCCGGUUACGGCAACAAGGGCUGCAAUGGUGGUUUUAUGAGUUCUGCCUUCCAGUACGUUAUUGAUAAUGGAGGAAUAGAUUCUGAGUCCUCUUACCCUUAUGAAGGAGUGCAAGGGCAGUGCAGAUACAAUCCAUCUCACGCUGCAAACUGCACCAAGUACUAUUUUGUUCCUCAAGGAGAUGAGGAGGGCCUAAAGCAGGCUUUGGCCAAUGUCGGGCCCAUUUCAGUAGCCAUUGAUGCCACCCGUCCUCACUUUGUCCUGUACCGCAGUGGAGUUUACAAUGACCCAACCUGUACAAAAAAAGUAAACCAUGCAGUUCUGGCUGUAGGAUAUGGUGCGAUUGCUGGAGAGGAUUUUUGGCUGAUCAAAAACAGUUGGGGUACCCAUUUUGGAGAUGGUGGCUACAUCCGUAUAGCCAGAAAUAAGAACAUGUGUGGCAUUGCCGAAUAUGCCUGCUUUCCAGUUAUGUAGCUGCAACAUUUCAAAAACAAGAAAUUCAUUGUUUUGUUGUUUAAUUUCUUUGAAUGCAUGUUUUAUAUAUGGUUUUUACGUUGUCUUUUUAAAUAUGUCUAAAUGUGUUUUAUGAGUCUUACAAAAUUGUUUUGUUUGGCUUAACUUAAGAGGAAAGAGUACAUGUAGUAUUUGGAAAUGUUU